CAAUAAUAUGAUGUGCUAAGUAGUGGAUAGUUUAUUGUGUUUAAUUUGUCAAUUAAUUUGUUGUCAACCAAAAUGUCCUACACUUUGCUGAAUAUAUCGCAAACAAAUGACACUAAAAGCGAUGUCCAGGUGUGCGAAGGGGUGUCCACUCCAGUCGUGAUUAACGUAUCAAUAGAUAACAAGAGAGACAACUAUUUACUGGAUUACGACACAACGCCAACUAAACCGUGGAAAAGGAUUUCUAUGUCAAUCGUGUGGUAUCUGUCCAUUCACGGGGCACUGGUGCUCAACAUAAUCCUGAUAUGGCAUACAGUGCUCAACAUAUUACCGGUUGGCUUCCAGCCCCUCAUUGGCUAUAUAAUGGCCUUAACCUGGAAUACAACGAGUGUUGUAAUCAUUAAUAGAUACUAUUUCUGUCGUAAUCAACUCAACGCUAAUCUGUACCAUAAUGCUCGCAAAGGACCAGGCACAUUGUUUAAGUCUAUAAUAGUGGCAGGUGAUUGCGCUAUUUAUAAACCAUGCAACGCACUGAUGGCUAUUAUUAUCGCAUACGGGUUAACAUUGACCGCCGUAUUGGUCAUCAAAACCCGAAAUGUGACCCAAAUAUGCGGUGAAACGGUGUCCCAUAUUGAGACGUACGGCUCACUGGCACCCGACUGCCAGUCCCUUGACUUCAAAAUUGCGUUUUUGCAGUUCAAAGUCAUGUGGAUUGAAUCAAAACUCAAUAUUCAACCAGGUUACUUCAAAUCGCUGGCCACUAGCGCCGUCCCCCACACGUCAGCCUUUGUCGAGUACGUGGUCUUACCGGUGGUUUUCGAGGCCACUUCCGGUGCCCUAUAUUUUGACGCUCCAACACACGCUGAAUGGCUCAUGGACAUGGUCCUAUGA